CCCUCAUGAAGAUGCGUUUGAAUCGCCUGGUUUUGCAAAAAUAAAUAACUAUCGACAACAAACAUUGACCUUGAUUUUGUAGACAUGGCGGGGAUGUUUUCACUGUAGGACAGAAAAAAAGAACCAAUACUUUACAUUGACGUACUUUAUCGGUUAUCGUCGUAGGUGAAAAACUCCAAAUGUUAAUGAAAACAGCAGGGAGUGGAGAAAACUCCAUUUAUUUCUACGGCUUAAUUUCAAUUUAUAUUUAAAAACAUGAGUUUGAAACUCAACAAACAUCAAACGUUGUGUGUAAUCGGAAGUGGAAACAUGACAAUUACGAAUAAGGAUUAUUUGCGGAUUUUAAGCGUUUUGGCUUUGUUCAGUUGUGCGGUGGCGUUUAAUACCAAAAUUGUGAAUGGUAGCCUAGCAUUACCCGGGGAGUUUCCGUAUAUGGUUUCCCUGAGACGUGCCUCUUCGGGUCGCCAUUCUUGUGGUGCAUCCAUGUUGAAUCGUGUUUGGCUCCUGACCGCCGCCCAUUGUGUGGUAAAGGCCGAACCGCAUCAAGUCAAUAUCCAAUAUGGUAGCAAUGAAUUGGAUCGAAAUUCCACCAAUAUUGCCAAUAUUACAAAGAUCUUUGUUCACGAAGGCUAUGAUCCUUCGAAUCAGUAUAUCCAUGAUAUUGCCCUCAUGAGAUUGGACAAACCGGCCAGUGUGAAUAAGGAUUUUGUGGGCAUACGUUUGCCGGAUUAUAAUUCAGCAAGUGAGCCGGAAACUCCGGCCACCUUAAUUGGUUGGGGUCUUAAUGCGACUGGUGGUGUGGUACAAAAACAACUCCAAAAAGUAGAUUUGCAAAUUUUCAGUGAUGAAGAAUGUAGCCGUCGACAUGGUAUCGAUAUUCAUCCCACAAAUCUGUGUGCCGGUGUCCCCGAGGGUGGUAAAGGCCAGUGUAGCGGUGAUUCUGGUGGCCCUUUGAUUGUGAAUCGCACUCAAGUUGGCAUUGUCUCAUGGUCACGUAAACCCUGCACUGUCUAUCCAUAUCCGGGUGUUUUCACCGAAGUCUCAGCCUAUGUUGCCUGGAUUUUGGAAACAAUAUUGGAUGCCGAAGAUGAGGAGGAAUUCGGUGAUAGCCAGGAGGGUCUUAGCGGCAUUGAUGGCAUAUUGAGUGGUGACUUAAUUGGUCCCAAAAAUUUGGCAUUGUUGAAGAAAUUGUUGCAAUAAAUGUUUUUGAAAAAAGUUUUGACUUAAAAAAGCAAGCUAAUAGAGAAUUUUUAUGAAUUUGUUUAAAAUGAAAGGAAU